GCGUGGACGGUACGGGGGUACUCAUGUCCCAGGCAGGGGGUGGUGGUGCCCCGGGGGUAGGUGGCCCCGGUACUUCAGGUGGUUUACCUGGUGGGCCCACGAAUCCCCUGCUCUGCGGGGUCUGCCACGAUUACUACAGCGACCCGUGCCUGCUCACCUGCUACCACACGUUUUGCGCGAGAUGCCUUCGCGGACCCCACCUAGACGGCAAGGUCUCCUGCCCCGUUUGCGGGCAAAUAACGCAGCUGAAGGAGGGCGCGCAUCAGCCGCCGUGCGAUCAGUUGAUGCGUCAACUCGUGGAGUUUGCCAACUGCGAGAACCCACCGUGCGCCAACUGCGACAAGCGGGACAAGACGACCAUGUACUUUUGCACCACCUGCGGGCAAGCGUUGUGCCCGCAUUGCCGGGAGCACACGCACCGCGCCAAGAUGUUCUCGUCGCACGAGGUGGUGCACAUGAGCAAGUGCAGCAAGGAGACGCAGCGCAGGUGUCCGAGCCACGGCGAGCAGUACAUCAUGUUCAGCCAGAGUAGCAAGGCGAUGCUGUGCGCCACGUGUUUCCGGGACACGCCCGCGGACGCCCGGCUACACUGCGUCGACAUUGACACGGCCUGGCAGCAGGCGUCCAAGAAGAUGGAGCGGGCGGCCAAUUCGAUUUGCGAGCUGCAGGCCAGCGUGAGGGACGGCCUCAUGGAUCUCAAGUCGCAGCUCGACGAGCUCAGGCACAGCCUCGAGACCGAGAAACGGGCCCUCAACGCUUACUGCCAAGGCAUGCAAGACGCGGUGAACAAGACCCACGCGUCGGUGCUGUCGGAGCUGCACCGCGAGUUCGACACCAAGGAGCGCCUGGUGCGCACGCAACUCCUGUCCCUCGGCAGCGCGUUGCCCGUCCUCCAGAUGCACCUCGGCCUGUGCACGGCGUUCACGAGCGCCGCAACCAAGUACCAAUUCCUCGAGCUGGCCCAUCCCAUGCUGGACCGGCUCGGCCGCGUCGCCCAACUCGGCCACCUGCCCCGGCCACCCCUACUCACCGCCCAACUCAAGACCAACUACAAGGGCGACUUUGUCAGGGUCUUACAGCCCUACGUCGGCAACCAAGCCAACUCCACCCCGACCACCAAGGACACCCUCCUCUACGAUCAAAUGCAGUCCCAGCAACAACAGGAGUCGCAGUUCAUAACGAGGGCGAUGACGACGAGGCUGCAGGCAAAGAGCGGUAGCAGUGGCAGCGGCCUCUUCGAGACGGGCCGGUUCAGCAGUCACUGUCGCACCUUCGACAACCAGCUGCAGGAGCUGAGCAACCAGCUGAAGAUGGUCCGCGAGCGCUUGGGUGAGCUGCACCGGGACGUGGCUCUGCUGCGCAAGGCCAACACCCCGCCCCUGGGCACGCGUUACGAGAACGUCGCCCGGGAUUGCCGGUUACUCGAGCAACAACUCGAGCACCAGCAGAUGGAGCUCGAGCGGUUGCGCAGCGUGUUCGACGCCCUCUGGGAGGAACAACUUUGCAGGAUCCACCUCGAGAAGGAGGUGUUCCACUCGCAGAUGAACGACAUAUUGGAGUUGAAGGGCGAGGUGAAGCAGUUGCAAUCGGUGGCCCAGCAGCUCGAGCCGUUCGUCAAGUCGUUCGCCGCUGGGGUGACGGCCGGCGAGCUCAGCCAAGCGGCCGCCGACGUUACGAGCGAGCCCCACCUACAGGCUCUGCUCGACCACCUGCAGAGGCUCCAGAUGCAGGACCCCGCCCAGAUGCGCCACCAGAGACCGACCGUCGACAAUAACGCCCUCUACAAAGACUCGAAGGAGGUGCCGACGCGUUGCAGGACGCCCUCGUCAGCGGGUGGUGGUGUGGAAGCGAUCUUGGACUCGAGUGGGAACAUUGUGGUGUACCCUAAGCCGGUCGAGUCGAAGCAGGGCGUCCUGAGGCAGCUGAUAGAGAAGGCCCGGACGAAGGAGGACCGGAAAAAGUCGCCGGGGCGGGAGGACGGCCGCGACCGGAGCCAGACGAGGCGCUCGUCCCGCAAGUCCCCGGAAAACGCCAAGCCCAAGACGCCCCCCGGACACUCGUCGUCCACCAGUAAGGUGCGCUCGCUCUACAGGCAACUCAAGGGUGGUGGUGGUGGUGGUGGUGGUGGUGAAUCCGUCGAGGCUCUGGACCAGCAAGCCGAUCACCGGCAGCAACAGCAGCUACAACAGUCGGGACAUCAAGGCGAGGAGUGCGAGUACCAGCGGAUCUCGGAGGCGUCGAGCAUGGCCGAGGUGAAGAAGCGGGUGCAGGCCCAGGUGCACGCGAUCCCGGGGGACGAGCGCGUCAUCAUGCAGCACCACAAGAGCUCCUCCUCGUCGUCGUCCAAGGGGGUGAAGGUAUACCCGGCGAGCGACUCGGAGGACGUGUUUUACGAGAAGAACCCGACGGAGAGCUGCAGGGAGAGGCGCCGGAGGCGGGCCAGCUGCGACAGCUUGAGCACGACGGGCUCGGGCAGCCGGCGCUCGAGCAUCACGGGACCAGGCGGCGCCCUCGACAUGCCCGGGCUCACGGCCCAGGACGCCAAGAGGACCCUCUUCUUCCUCGUCAAGGACCCGAGCUCCCUCCAAUCCCUCGUGCAGAAGCAACGCUCCUGGGAGACCUUUCCCCGGCCCAAGAGCAAGCGCACCACCAUCAGCAUCGAGCCACCGCCACCCCCGCCCCCGCCCUCGUCCAAAGCCCCGGGCGGUGGCUCCAGCGUAACGAGCAACGUCCUCAAUCAGCUCAAAAAGGCCGACAGUUUCGAGGGACACGAGGAAGCGGUGCGCACGCUCGUCGCCGCGGUCCAGGAGACACGCUCGCAGAUACGACAACAGCAGAUGCAGCACCGCUACCAUCGCAAGAGCAAGACGAAUUAAUUAUACGUUUUGUUAUAUCAUCUGCCCACACGAGAUACAAUCAAGUAUCCUCACACAAUUUUGCAGCUCAUUUGACACUUUCAAUUAUAAUCAACCAUCAUCCACGUUGUUACAUACAUAUUUACAUACAACCAUAUAUAUAUAUAUAUAUACACUUUUGACGCAAGUACUCUACACAUAUACAUGCCAUAUACUCGGGUUUUUCAGUGUGCGGGGGACAACAAAAAUAAUUGAUAAUGGUAUUAAAAUAGUAACGAUAACGAUAACGAUGCAUUAAUAUUAUGUAUGUAUGUGAUUAAGCAUGCAAAGGUGCAAUUUUGGAUACGAGCGAUCUCAGUUUCUUUAGGAUAUACAUAAAUAUUGAAUAAGCGACGUCACAGUGCCCAAGUAAAUUAGGAAAACCGUAAGAAUUCGAGGAAAAAACGAUAAAUAAACAAUACAUCAAACAAACGAUACGAGUACAUUGUUUGCUUGUUGUGCAUGUUUCUUGUAGAAAAAAAGCAAGAAAA